AUGAGCUGGACAAGUGUUCAAUGUAUACUCCAAAAAGUCUGUACCCCCAUUGCAAUAAUAAUUAACAUUAUUUUAAUUCAACUAAUUUGGCACAGAUCACCAAAAGCUAUUGGUUUCUACAAAUACUUAAUGAUUUACAUCUCGGUUUUUGAGAUUCUCUACUCGCUACUUGAUAUAUUAGCUGCUCCCGAUUUUUUCGGUCAUGAUUCCAUUUUCAUCGUAAUAACUUCGUCUGAAAAAAUGAUUAUUCCCAAAGUUUUCCAAGUUCCGUUCACAAAUAUAUUUUGUGCAAUGUUUGGAGUUUCGCUGGCAAAUUUUGCAAUUCAUUUUAUCUACCGAUAUUUGGCUAUUAUUAAAAGCCCUUUACUAGAACCUUCUGUGAAAUUGGCAAUUUGGUUUUUUAUUCCGAUUAUUUAUGGAGUCACGUGGUCAGGUUUAUUAAUUGCAUUCCUUCAUCCUUUUGAGGAAACAGAUACAAUUUUGAGGAAAACAUAUUUACUCGAACGCAAUUUAACGUUGUCUGACAUAACUUAUGUUGGAACAAACUAUUGGAUUCCAACUGAUAAUGGGCAAGAAGUUCUAAAUCUAAGAAUCGGAAUCGGGAUGACUCUAAUUAUGUCAUUGGUUACCAGUUCAAUAGUUACAAUUUUAGUUUUUGCAACACUGUGCUAUCACAAAAUUGAGUCUCUUGUUAAAGUAUCCAGUAACUCCACUCAAUAUCGACUUCUUCAAUUACAACUGCUAAAUUCUCUAGUCGGACAGGCGCUGAUCCCAGCUGUAUUGAUGCUUGGCCCUAGUUCCACUGCAUUCGUCUCUCCAUUUUUUCACGAAGGAAGUGAAUCAAUAGGUGCAUUAUUUGGAAUUACAAUUUCGUUGUAUCCAGCAUUGGAUCCACUUCCGACAAUGUUUGUGAUCAAGAGCUAUCGAGAAGCAAUAUUCGGAUGCUGCCGGAAAACCACAAGAGUUCACGCAUCAAGGACCUCUACAGCAGCUUCUUGA